AAAGGAAGAAUAUAGAGGGUGUAGGAAAGAAUGCCAGGAAGACAAGGUGACUGUCUCACAGUCACAGUGGGAGUCGAGAAAUAAAGUCAGAUAACCAACCACCCAACUCUUCUUACCUCACAACACACAGUUUAGAAGUGUGAAAUUUAAAGCUAAUGAGGAAACCCUAAUCCCAUUUUGUUCUCUUCGAAAUGCUGAACUGGUUCCUACAUUCUUUGUUACUCGCAAUCUUAUGUCUCCUGCUUCAGUCUGGGGAUUCCUACUCGGUUUCUAACUCCUCUCGGAACCUAGCUUAUGGUAAAGAAUCGUGUGAUCCCAAUUGGUUUAGUUCCCCAAAUGGUAAAAAGUGUUACAAAUAUAUAUCACACUCAGACUCAUGGGAUAAAUCUGAGACUUACUGCAAAUCUUCUGGAGGUACACUAGCGGCAAUAACAUCCCCAGAAGAGCUUCAUUUUCUUCAGAAGCUUUGUGGUGAAGUGUCUAAGAAGUGUUGGGUUGGUGGAAAGAGCAGCAAUACCACUGGGGGUUUAGGUUGGAAAUGGUCUGAAGGUACGUCCGAUUGGAAUGGGACUCUCACUCCAAACAUGCCUGACAACUCAAAUUGCCGGAAUUCUCCAUGCAACAGCCUUAAUGCAGUUGACUUCUGUACAUUACUGACAAAUAGAACUUCUGAGCUCAUAACUCAGAGUUGCAAUGUGUCUCACCCAUUCAUUUGCAUGCUUAAUGCAGGGAGCAAGUGCCACCACAUGCGGUGUCACCGGGAAUAUCUAAUUAUUCUCGAGGUUGUGAGUGGCCUAAUUCUUUGCAGUACUAUGGCUGUUGUAGCAUGGCUUCUUAUAUUUAAACGAAGCAUAAGGCGUAAGAGAUCCUGUGCUGAAUUAGCACUAGUUCCUCCAUCAUGGAAAAUCUUCACUCGUGAGGAAAUAAAGUCAAUCACUAAGAAUUUCAGUGAAGGAAAUCGUCUUGCUGGGGAUGCCAAAACAGGUGGUACUUAUGGUGGGGUUUUCCCUGACGGAUCUAAGGUGGCUGUGAAAAGAUUGAAGAGGUCUGGGUUUCAGAAAAAAAAAGAGUUCUAUUCCGAGGUUGGAAGGGCGGCAAGACUUCAUCAUCCAAAUCUUGUUGUGAUCAAAGGUUGCUGCUACCAUCACAGUGAUCGCUAUAUUGUGUAUGAGUUUAUAUCAAAUGGACCCCUGGACAGGUGGCUACACCAUAUUCCUAGAGGGGGCAGGUGUUUGGACUGGACCACGAGGAUGAGCAUUGCCACUUCUCUUGCUCAAGGAAUCGCAUUUCUGCAUGACAAGGUGAAGCCUCAAGUAGUUCACCGGGAUAUCCGUGCAAGUAAUGUUCUCCUUGAUGAAGACUUUGGUGCUCAUCUCAUGGGUGUCGGUUUAUCCAAAUUUGUCCCGUGGGAAGUAAUGCAGGAGAGGAGGGUCAUGGCUGGUGGGACCCACGGAUAUCUUGCUCCGGAGUUUGUUUACAAAAAUGAGCUUACCACAAAGAGCGAUGUCUAUAGCUUUGGAGUGCUUUUGCUUGAGAUUGUUAGCGGUCGUAGACCUGCUCAACUCGUUGAUUCAGUCGGUUGGCAGAGUAUAUUUGAGUGGGCCACGCCCCUGGUCCAAGCCCAUCAUUACAUGGAUCUGUUGGAUCCUCUUAUAUCAUCAUCAUCAUCUUCUUCCUCGCAGGUUCCGGAAGUAGGAGCAGUUCAGAAAGUAGUAGACCUUGUAUACUCUUGCACACAACAUGUUCCGUCCAUGCGCCCCAGAAUGUCACACGUUGUACAUCAACUGCAACAGUUGGCUCACCCCCCUACCAUUGUAAAGAAUGAAUCUGUUAGUUUCUUGGCUAAGUUGUAGACUUGUAGGGUUAAAUGCGGAUUGAACUGUUAAUCCUGCCAAAUCAUUGUGUUUCUUGGGAUCGACUCCUUAUUUCUUCCUGUUUCAGAACAAAUAUUUGUAACCCAAGUUAAGGAGUAAGUUUGCUUUUACUUUAGAGAAAUGAUUAAUUAUAGAGAUUAUAUUGAAAAUGCAUAAUAGAAAAAGUUGGUAGUAU